CAGCUCUGUCCAGCCUGGCCCAGGGAUGGAGUCCCUCCCUGAAGCAGUCCUGAUCCGAAUCUUGGCUUCCAUCCCUGCGGUGGAUCUGGUGCUGGUGUGCCGCCUGGUCUGCUGCCAGUGGAAGAACCUGGUGGAUGGAGCUGCACUCUGGAUCCUGAUGGCACUCACUGGAGCAGAGUCAGAGGAGGAUGCAGAGAACUGGCAAAACUUCUACUUCCUGAGUAAGAAAAGGAAGAAUCUCAUCAAGAAUCCAUGUGGUGAAGAAGACUUGGAGCACUGGGGAGAGGUAGAAAAUGGAGGUGAUGGCUGGAAAAUUGAAGAGCUCCCAGGGGACUUUGGAAAAGAAUUCCCUAGUGAAGAAGUCCAUAAAUACUUUGUUACAUCUUUUGAGUGGUGUCGAAAGGCUCAGGUUAUUGACCUCAGGGCUGAGGGCUACUGGGAAGAGCUGAUGGAUACAACCCAGCCUAAAAUUGUGGUAAGAGACUGGUAUGCAGGACGCAGCGAUGCUGGCUGCCUCUAUGAGCUCUGUGUGAAGCUGCUUUCAGAGAAUGAGGAUGUGCUGGCAGAGUACAAAAGUGAGACUGUUACCAUCCCCCAGGACAACGAUGCCAACUGGACUGAGAUCUCCCACACCUUCUCCAGCUAUGGCCCUGGGGUGCGCUUUGUGCGCUUCGAACACGGCGGGCAGGACACUCUGUUCUGGAAGGGAUGGUAUGGAGUGCGUGUCACCAACAGCAGUGUGACAGUGGAGCCAUAGCCAUGC